AUGGCGGGAGUUAGCAUGAGAUUUCUCUUAGGGCUGGUCCUGCUCUUGACACAUGGUACCGCUGCCUUUCGAGUGGAUAAGUCAUUACGUCCUUCCAAUCCUAACGAAACAAAUGAAAAAAUAAAGCGCUCCAGUCUUCCAUCUAACUAUACAACUCCGGAUUACUAUCCCACACCAAAUGGUGGCUGGGAUGCUAAUUGGGCAGAUGCCUACGCAAAAGCUCAGAAGGUCGUCAGUAACAUGACACUGGCCGAAAAGGUUAACAUUACCUCUGGAACGGGAUUCUUAAUGGGACCAUGCGUGGGCCAAACAGGCAGUGCUUUACGAUUUGGUAUCCCGAGACUAUGUCUUCAAGACGGACCACUGGGGAUUCGAAAUACGGACCACAACUCAGCUUUCCCGGCUGGCGUGACCGCUGGUGCAACAUGGGAUAAGGAUCUGAUGUACGCGCGCGGUGUAGCAAUAGGCGAAGAAGCGCGUGGUAAAGGUAUUAAUGUCCAGAUGGGUCCCGUUGUUGGCCCUCUUGGUCGCAAGCCCAGGUCUGGCAGGAUUUGGGAAGGAUUUGGCGCAGAUCCAUCGUUGCAGGGAAUUGCUGCUGCGCAGACGAUUCAGGGUAUGCAAAGUACCGGAGUAAUUGCGACACUCAAACACUAUAUCUUGAAUGAGCAGGAAAUGUAUCGAAUGACGGAUGUGGUCCAAGUGGGCUACUCGUCCGAUAUCGAUGAUCGCACGUUACACGAGAUUUACUUGUGGCCAUUUGCUGAAGGGGUGAGAGCUGGCGUUGGCUCAAUUAUGGCUGCAUAUAAUCAUGUCAAUGGGUCACUGUGUACGCAAAAUAGCCAGAUUCUCAACGGCCUUCUGAAAGAUGAACUCGGCUUCCAGGGAUUCGUGGUAUCUGACUGGUAUGCUCAAUUCGGUGGCGUGUCAUCGGCAUUGGCUGGCUUGGAUAUGGCCAUGCCAGGAGACGGCGCAAUACCGCUGCUGGGAGAUACUUUCUGGAACUCCGAGCUAUCAAGAGCGAUCUUGAACGGCACGGUGCCCCUUGAAAGACUAAAUGACAUGGUCACACGAAUCCUAGCAACAUGGUUCCAAAUGGAACAAGAUGAGGAUUACCCAUUGCCAAACUUCUCGACAAACACUGAGGAUGCUACUGGUCCCUUGUAUCCUGGAGCCCUCUUCUCUCCAUCCGGAGUUGUCAAUCAAUUUGUUGAUGUACAAGGAAACCAUAGCAAUAUCGCCAGGGAAGUCGCUCGAGACGCCAUAACCUUAUUGAAGAACGUAAACCAAACCUUGCCUCUAAGCACUAAUGCCUCGUUGAGUAUUUUCGGCACAGACGCCGGUCCAAACUCAGGUGGCUUGAACUCAUGCUCCGAUAUGGGCUGUGAUAAUGGCAUCUUGACGAUGGGCUGGGGAAGUGGAAGUGCUAGAUUGCCCUAUGUCAUUACGCCGCAGCAGGCAAUCCACAACAUUUCGGCAAAUGCACAGUUCCACAUUUCUGAUAGUUUCCCUUCCGUUAGCCCAUCGAGUGAUGAUAUCGCAAUUGUCUUCAUUAACGCAGAUUCGGGGGAGAAUUAUAUCACCGUUGAAAGCAAUCCUGGUGAUAGGACUACUGCGGGUCUCAAUGCCUGGCAUGAUGGAGAUGAUUUGGUGGUCGAUGCAGCUGCAAGAUACAGCACAGUCAUUGUUGUUGUUCACACCGUUGGACCGAUUCUCAUGGAAAAAUGGAUUGAUCUCCCGUCCGUCAAAGCAGUGCUAGUUGCGCAUCUUCCCGGCCAAGAGGCAGGAAAUUCUCUAACCGACGUGCUCUUCGGCGACUACAGUCCGAGUGGUCAUCUGCCGUACACUAUUCCGCAUAUGGAAUCCGAGUAUCCAGCCAGCGUUGGUCUGAUCGAUCAGUGGUUCAGUCAAAUCCAGGACCAGUUUACGGAGCGCAUCUAUAUUGACUAUCGACACUUCCUGCAGGCCAAUAUCACUCCAAGAUUUCCAUUCGGAUACGGCCUAUCAUACACAACAUUCAAUUUCUCCGAUGCGACACUUGCAGCAGGCGCCUCGUUGACCGAAUAUCCUCCAGCCAGACCAACAAAGGGGCCCACACCAACGUAUGCGACAACCAUCCCACCAGCUUCGGAAGUCGCAUGGCCAACUAACUUCGAUCGCAUUUGGCGGUAUCUGUACCCAUACCUCGAUAACCCGGCAGCAGCUACCUCAACGGCUCCGUAUCCAUAUCCGACGGGUUACAAGACAACACCACAACCAGCACCGCGAGCGGGCGGAGCGCAGGGAGGUAAUCCAGGUCUGUGGGAUACUGUCUUCACGGUCAAUAUGAAGGUUACCAAUACCGGAAUGAGAUCUGGACGGGCUGUAGCGCAGUUGUAUGUUGAGCUGCCCGAAGAUACGUUAGGCGUGGAUCUUCCCCCCCGACAGUUACGGCAGUUUGAGAAGACGUCAAUAUUGGCGCCCGGCGAGUCGGAAACGCUAUCAUUACCGGUAAGCAGAAAGGACUUGAGCGUAUGGGAUGUUGUUGUGCAGGAUUGGAAAGCACCGGUUAAUGGGCAAAAGGUCAAAUUCUGGAUUGGAGAGAGUGUUGCACUGGAGGAUAUGAAGGUAGUCUGCACAGUGGGUCAAGGAUGCCAAAGUGCUUGA